UCCGAUAUGAUUUCCCUUCCGUUUUAGCACACAUUUCCUCAAGGAGGACUAGAUUUACAGGAAUAAUCAGGCAACUGCUUGAUUUCUAGCGAAGCUCACAGCCGCAGCAAAGAGCGCAACCACGUUGCUCCUCUUGAAUCAGAGUGAAGGAUCUACAGGAGAACAAGUGCACAGCCAGCCGGGGAGAGACCGACAAACAGAAGGACAGGAAUCGUGCUACGAAGAUUUGUCAAUGUUCGGGAUCCAGGAGAGCAUCCAGCGAAGUGGCAGCAGCCUGAAGGAGGAGCCGCUGGGAGGCAUGAACAGUGUCCGGAGCUGGAUGCAGGGGGGCGGCGUGCUGGACGCCAACACGGCCGCCCAAAGUGGAGUGGGUCUGGCCCGGGCUCACUUUGAGAAGCAGCCGCCCUCCAACCUGCGUAAAUCCAACUUCUUCCACUUCGUCCUGGCUCUGUACGACCGGCAGGGUCAGCCGGUGGAGAUCGAGAGGACCAACUUCGUGGGCUUCGUCGAGAAAGAGAAGGAGACGACCGGAGAGAAGACCAAUAACGGGAUUCAUUACCGGCUGCAGCUUCUAUACAGUAACGGCAUCAGAACAGAGCAGGACUUUUAUGUUCGACUCAUAGACUCCAUGACUAAGCAGGCGAUUAUUUAUGAAGGCCAAGACAAAAACCCAGAGAUGUGCAGAGUGCUGCUGACACAUGAGAUCAUGUGCAGUCGGUGCUGUGACAAGAAAAGCUGCGGAAACCGUAAUGAGACACCCUCAGACCCUGUUAUCAUCGACAGAUUCUUUCUCAAGUUUUUCCUCAAGUGCAACCAGAACUGUCUAAAAAAUGCAGGAAACCCACGAGACAUGAGGAGGUUCCAGGUGGUGGUAUCGACUACGGUGAGUGUUGAUGGACAUGUCCUGUCAGUCUCCGACAACAUGUUCGUCCACAACAACUCCAAACAUGGCCGACGGGCCCGAAGACUUGACCCCGUGGAAGGAACGCAGUCUUACCUAGAACACGGCUCCGCUCCUUGCAUUAAGGCCAUUAGUCCCAGUGAGGGGUGGACUACGGGGGGCGCUACAGUCAUCAUCAUAGGAGACAACUUCUUUGAUGGUCUCCAAGUCAUCUUCGGUACCAUGCUGGUUUGGAGCGAGUUGAUCACGCCGCAUGCCAUCCGGGUGCAGACGCCUCCCAGACACAUCCCCGGGGUCGUCGAGGUCACUCUGUCCUACAAGUCCAAACAGUUCUGCAAAGGCACACCAGGAAGGUUCAUAUACACAGCACUGAAUGAGCCGACCAUUGACUACGGCUUCCAGAGGCUUCAGAAGGUCAUCCCUCGGCACCCUGGGGACCCCGAGAGGCUGCCAAAGGAGGUUAUUUUGAAGAGAGCAGCCGACCUGGUAGAAGCCCUUUAUGGUUUGCCCCAUAAUAACCAGGAAAUCAUCCUGAAGCGUGCGGCGGACAUUGCAGAAGCUCUCUACAGCGUUCCACGAGGACACACCCAGCUCUCCGGCUCCACCCACGGCGGCAUGAUGGGGGUCAACUCCUUCACUGGGCAGCUGUCCGUCAACGUCUCCGAACCCCUACAGGGCAAUCAGGGUUUCGUGCGCAGCAGCAGUAGCGUGUCCCCUCACGGUUACGUGCCCAGCUCCACGCCUCAGCAGACCGGUUACACUUCUGUCACAAGCACCAUGAACGGCUACACUAACAACACUGGCAUGACCAACCUGGGAGGCUCGCCCACUUUCCUCAACGGCUCUGCAGCCAACUCGCCUUAUGCUAUUGUCCCAUCUAGUCCCACUAUGGCCUCCUCCACCUCUCUCCCCUCCAACUGCUCCUCCUCUUCUGGCGUCUUCUCCUUCUCUCCGGCCAACAUGGUGUCGGCGGCCGUUAAGCAGAAGUCCGCCUUCGCUCCAGUGGUCAGGCCCUCCUCCUCCCCUCCACCCUCCUGUACAAGCGCCAAUGGCAACGGGCUCCAAGAUCAAACAUUUGUGGACUCCAGCAAGUACUCAACAGCCAACUCUCUACAAGGCCUGGCCUUUACCUGAACAAUCCCGGGAAUGAUCGUCCAACCUAUGUAAAGGUGUGUGUGUGUGUGUGUGUGUGUGUGUGUGUGUGUGUGUGUGUGUGUGUGUGUGUGUGUGUGUGUGUGUGACUGUGUGUGUGUGUGUGUGUGACUGUGUGUGUGACUGUGUGCGAGAUGAACGAAGCUCAUACUGAUCCCGGCGGAGGAUUUCGGUGCGAGUCAGACUCCGGACGGGGAUGGAUGCAGCUGUCCCGAUCUGAAGGAACAAACCCAACUCAGGCCCUUUCUAACACAAAAACAACUGCAAGAAACAGAUGAAGAACAAAAAAACAAAGACUGUUUGCAAAGAAAAUAAGUUGUUUAGACUUUGUACACCUUGAUGCUUUUAUAGGAGAACGGCCACGCCUACAUUAUGACUCUCCACGGACACAGGAAGUGUAUUUAUUUUGAAGAGAAUCCACUUCUUCCCUUGAGUGAUUUGUUUUUCUUUUUGUGCAAAAGUCAACAUGUGAUAAUCAUCUUCUAACUGUAUCUCACGUGAGGGAUUUUCUAUUUAUGAAGUUUGGUCAUUGAUGAAGGAGUAUAAUGUGAAGAAUACCUGACGAUGAUGGUGAUGAUGAUGAAGAGGCUGCGGGAUUUAUUCAGGGUCAAAUCCAGUUGAUACAGACAAGCCAAACCAGACACACACUUUCACUUGCCAAAUCUACACCACCGUCACUCUUUUAGUACAAACACUCAGACAGCGAGGUCUUCCUCUGCAUUUAAUCGAUCAGCUGAAGGAUUGAGAUGCUUCCCCCGCUACAAAUGAUGCUGCAGUUUUAGCCAUUCAAGAAAUCCCCAUGUUUGAUUUGAGCUCGCUUCACAUACAUCUGCGCUGCUGCUCCUGUGUGCUGCAUUUUUCUAGAAAGAGAAAAUCAGUCUUUCAGCCAACCGAAGGUGCAGAGAGAAACAAAAUUCAGCCAUUUAACAAAACCACAAAGAAAUGUAUUUCCAUCAUGCAAGAUUCAAGAGAGAAAUUAGACUUCCUGCGGUUCUGAUUCAGGAUAGAUUUUUCGAGCUAAUUGUCAAAAGGCCAUAAAUAAGUGCACGAGUGUGUAAUCACUGGGCGCCAACAGCGGUUUCACUGUUGAGGAUUUGACCCAACAACUCUGCCACUGAGUCCGUCCAUUGGCCCUGUUACCACAUGAUUUGUUAUAAAGUCAGACACCGCCAACCUCUAUGAGAGGGGGAACACGUCUUAAAGACUGCUGCCAUUUUGACUUUGCUUUUGUAGUGAGAGUUUCCUUCUCAAAGGUUUGUCUUAAUACAUAAAUCCUUAUUUCUGUUUUGUUUUUCCUUUGGUUUGCUGUGUUCUUUAUAUUCUUCCUGCAAUCAGCCGGCCAAUCAGAUUGUGUUUUGUUUUGUUACCUGCCCACUUAUCUGGUGUGAUUGACAGCUUGAGUGAGAAAAUGAUCCAAUGGUGUGUCUUAAAUGCUGCGCUGCAAAAAAUGUCAUCUAAAUCUAGUCUAGUCUUAAAAUCAAACUUUUUAUUUUAUUUUGUGAAAACAUCUUUCA